CAUGUCACCGUCAUACGAAUCAGGUACGGGCAUUUACAGUGUCAAGUGUGAGCGUCAAUUUUCAUAUUGACUGUGCCAGUUUACUACAAGUUGUACAAGCUACUUUUUUGUCGAAGUGAAGACAGUUUAAAAAACCUGUUUUUGCACAUUACCUAAAUUUUCAGCAUUUAGAUCGAAUAAGUUUAUAUUUUAUCGUGCGAGGACUUUUAAAAUGACCUCUGAAAUUGCAGAUAUAGUUUCUGUGUGAUGAAUGCUAUAUCGUAACGCACAAAAUGUGUGUUGAUUUGAGUAAUAAUGAACUUUCCCCUCGUAUUUUACAUCAUUCUUUGACAAAGCAGCUCACUUUAACAUUGGGUUUGGGUAAAUUAAAAAUGUUGAUUCAUAUUUAGACAUGUGAAUGUUUGUAUUGCUUUUUAUGCUGGAUGACUAAUUCAUUUAAAAUCAACAUAUGAAUAUCAUAGCUAUUAUUAAUACACAACAUGGUAAAGUUAUCUGAGUAAAUCUUAGACAUUUGACUAACAAGCAUGAUUAAACUGUCUGGAUGUGUCGUCAUAUUAAAUAAGUGUUUCUCGUAACCUCUAUACGUUUAGAAUGAAAUAAGUCUAUGAAGUACUAUAAUUUAGUAAAAUUUGUAUUAUUCGUUUAAUUAUCAAGUGAUUAUUUUGAUUAUUACCAUAGGGUUCAUCUACUAAAGGCUUAAAAAUGUCAAAUCGAUUAGUUGAGUGCCAUUUGUCAGCUAAUGCUCACAUAUAUAUGUGAAAACUAGAAUCCUUAAUCGUAUGACUGAAUAAGCUUCAAAAUUUGUAUAGGUCAUAUAUUUAUAUUUCGUUGUUGAAUACUUAACAGACGAUAACACAACAGAUAACCUCAACACUUAUUAAAACCAUAAUUGGUUAGCCUCUAAUAGGACGCCUUAAGUAAGUAAACGUGGCACGUGUACUUGAUAAACAGUUGUUUAUUCAUAAACAUAAUCUCGUUCGUGUCCAGAUCUUUCUGUAUUCCAUAGAAAACGUUUUCUAUGAGGAUUAACAAUGACUCAAGACUUUUGAAGAGAAGUAUUAGAAGCAUGUUUAUUGUAUACUAUACCUACUUCUGAUUUUCUUCAAAUGUCGAACUUCAAAGCACAUAUCAGGAACUUGUCUCGAAGUUAAAAAUAUUUACAAUUUGUAUACUGAUUACUUUCAAAGCCAGUAAGGUCAUGCAUUAUAAUAGAUACUAAGUAAGUGUUAUAUUUCAUGUACAGCAAAUGAACUGUAAAAGCGGUCACCACACAUUUCUAAGUGCUAUUUCAUAUUUUCGACUUUGUUUAAUUUGAUUAUAGCAGUGUUUGAUAAAUGCAAAAGAAAGAGGCCGAUGGCUUCACCGUCAUCCUAUACAAGAGACGAUGGUUUUCGCUACUGAUAUUUUGUCUGUGUUCAUUUGGGAAUGCUUAUCAAUGGAUUCAUUUGAAUAUAAUUUCUGAUAUAGUUUUGUUUUUUUGGGAUGCUUCCAUUCCAGAUGGGGUCUGCGUGUAACUCUGCUAGUUGCUUCAGCUUUGAAUGCAGUCGGUGGUUGUAUUAAAUGUAUAGCGGGUGCAGUUACGUAUGAAACAACGUUUGGGCAGUCUAAUAAAUCUAUUCCAUUCAGUAAUAAACUUGGUUUUCCAAUACUUAUGGCUGGACAAACUAUUUGUGGAAUAGCUCAAUCCGGUAUAUUGGGUAUACCAGCCCACUUAGCAGCAGUUUGGUUUGGAGUGAAUGAAGUUUCAACGGCCACUGCACUUGGUGUAUUCGGGAAUCAACUUGGUGUUGCAUUUGGUUUUCUAGUACCACCACUUAUUUUACCAUCGAUACCGUAUAGUUCAAAUGGAACUAAUCAAAUUGAUCCAACAACAGAUAUGAAUGAAUUAUUCAAUAAAAUUAAACACUAUAUGAUGAUUAUGCUGUAUUUUAGUGCUGCUUUAAAUAUUCUUCCAUUUAUAUUUGUAUUGUUUGGUUUUCGUGCAAAACCUAAAACUGAACCAAGUUUAGCACAAUAUAAACGUAGUGGUUCAUCGGUUAUUCAUAAAUUACAUGUAAAUGACCAAUUAUCCAUUGAUAACAAACCUUCAAAUGGAAUUCAUUCAAUAGUCAAUAAUAAUGGUCUACACGAAAAGAAAAACAAUAUUGAUAAAGAAUUCUAUACAAAAUCAUUAGAUGCUGAUCAACAAUAUCCAGCGCUUAGUCCAAAUGAACAUUCAAUAUCAUCAACAAAACAGGAUACCCUAAAUACAAAUGAUUCAAUAAUGAAUAAUUUUAUUAUCAAUAUUGAUGAUAAAAAUGAUAUCAGUAGUAUAGAUAAUUAUUCAUAUCAAUCAUUACAAAAUAAUCCUAGGAAUGAAACUAUUACAAUGGCAUUAAAACGUUUGUUUAAAAAUACUCCAUUCAUUUUAUUGUUUAUUAGUUAUGGUAUACUUACUGGUGUCUACUAUGCUGUUGGUACAUUAUUAAAUAGUAUUUUACUAGGAUAUUUCACAAAUUCUAAUCUAUCUGGUUGGGCUGGUUUCACAAUGAUUAUUGCCGGUAUAUUUGGAUCAGUAAUAACUGGUGUAAUUUUAGAUAAAACAAAAAAAUUUAAAUUAAUCACAUGCAUUAUAUAUAUACUAAGUUUAUUGUUUAUGGGAAUCUUUACUGGAAUAUUAUAUUUUCGUUCAAUGCCAAUAGUCUUUAUCAUUAUGUUCUGUUUAGGUUUCUUUAUGACCGGUUAUUUAAGUAUUGGUUUUGAAUUAGCCGCUGAAUUAACUUAUCCAGAAAGUGAAGGUUUAUCUUCUGGUCUGUUGAAUACAUCAGCACAGAUAUUUGGCCUUAUACUGAUUCAUGUUGCAACACCAUUGAGAACAAAUUAUGGAGUUUUGCCUGGAAAUUUAUUCCUUACAGGAUUAACACUAAUUGGAACAAUAAUGACAGUAUUAAUUAAAGAGAAUCUUUAUCGUCAACAAGCACAUGAACGUAAGAAGGCUGAAACACAAAAUGUUCCCGAUGAAUAGACUUUUAACAAAAGAAAUUAAUAAAGAUCUAAAUGUUCAACAUAAUGAAUUCAAUGAAACAUGAACAACUUUACUUUCUCAUUAUUUUUUUUAAAAUUUUGUUCUUUUAAAUAUUAGAAUGAAUAAUUUCCCAAGUGCUCAAAAUUAUGCAAUACAAUGAUCAAUAUCGAUAUGUGGUUGUGUGUGUGUGUACGUGUGUAAUCUCUCUCUCUCUCUCUCUCUCUC